AUGGCGGCGGUCGGAGCAGGUAACGCCAAGCUCACCCAGCGGGCCGAGCUGAAACAGCGUUUGCGGACCUUAAGCCACUUCCUCACGCAGAAGGUGCGAGAAGGCUACGGGGAGUUAAACGCCUGGAAGCUCGGGCUCGGCUCGCGUGUCUGCGCAGGCGCACCUCUCCCCCUUGUGUACGAGUCCUCUCGCGUGCUCGCAGCUCCAGUCAGGCCCGCUGGAAGGACAGGGGAGAACAGAAAAGGAAUGGAGAAAACAAAGGGAGUUAAGGGCCAACUUCUGUGUCUGGGCAAUAGGCCUACCAGAGAGGUGAUUGUUCACAGUCAGUAUCAAAAUUCCAAAAGAAUGUCCAUUUUUUUGAGCAUGCAAGAUGAAAUUGAGACGGAAGAGAUCAUCAAGGACAUUUUCAAACAAGACAAAAUCUGCUUCAUCCCUUGGUACCAGUUCCAGAGCAAUCACAUGGACAUGGUGAGAUUAACAUCACCUGAAGAGAUCUCUUUACUUCCCAAAACAUCCUGGAAUAUUCAUCAGCCCGCUGAGGGAGAUGUUCGGGAGGAGGCCUUGUCCACUGGUGGACUUGACCUCAUCUUCUUGCCAGGCCUUGGGUUUGACAAAGAUGGCAACCGGCUAGGGCGGGGCAAGGGCUACUAUGACACCUACUUGAAAUGCUGUGUGCAGCAUCAGGAAGUGAAGCCCUACACCUUGGCUUUGGCUUUCAAAGAGCAGAUCUGUCUCCAGGUCCCAGUGGAGGAGCACGACAUGAAGGUAGAUGAAGUCCUUUAUGAAGACUCCCCGGCAUCUUAAGUCACGUGAUGAUAGCCACCCUCACUGUUGUGUACCAAUGUGAAGAAAAUCUGUGUAUUUUCCUCUUGUCAAAAAUGAGUCAACAUGGCACAUUAAAGUGAAUAUGUAUUGUG